AUGCCGAUAACGACAACCAUUACAUCUCCCCCAUCGGCGUACUUCACCUCAACAGCGUCGAAUAGUGACUGGACUACAGACACCACGACCUUAAUAGACGGUACCAUCCGCCCUGUCUUGGUCGGCUGCAAAGUUUGCGGGGGUCUUCACCAUGGUAUUGUCAUUGCUGGUUUAGGAGGCGCACAAGCAGAUCCCAGACGCACGGGAUGCGGAUCCGGUUCAAUCUUCGGCUCAGUAUUCGGAUGUGGGUCCGAGUUCGACUUUGCCCCGCUGCCUCCUUUCAUCAUUGGACUGGAUGGUAUACCUACCGAGGAAAGCGCUGAUGGCGAAGGUGGUGACAGUAAAGUCUGUGAAGAUGACAAUAUUUGCUCCCUUCCAACAUCGGAGGAGAAAAAGUCCCAGGAACCUACCACUUUAACCAUUAUGCCGACCUCAAUUUCCUCUUUAGGUUCGAGUACCAUCUCAGAUACUACUCCUAGUACGUCCGGUGGUUCAUCACGCGAAUACAUGAUCUUCCCUACGGCUGGCAUAACUUCUAGCGAGUUGACUGCCCUCACGGAAUACUUCACAGAUGAACUAGGGGCCGGCAAUGUAUUACCAAUUUCUCUAAAUGACGCUGGUGACCAAGUCAUGUAUGUUGCAUACUCGAGCGAAAUAUUCGCCUCAGACCUCCAGACACUAAAUCCCAAGGUUGAGUCUGUUGUGGCCGACGUAGCGCAAACGAUAUGGGAUGAUCCUCCUGCCGGAACGUUAUUAUCAUCCUUACAUCGACGAGCUGGAAAUAGAGAUCAGGGUAUCUUUGAGCAUGAUCUUGCGAAACGUGAAGAGGUGGACGGGAAACAAGAGUCCGCACCGCCCGAGCUCAGAUUUGUAUCACAGCCCAAAGGUGUCGGUCUUGACCUUCGUGGAGACGAGGACGACCUCGGCGGUAAUGUGGUGCCCUACUAUGCGUACUCCUCGGCUGCAGGAGAGGGUGUUACUGUAUAUGUCAUCGAUAGCGGUACGAACCCUUCGAAUCCUGAGUACAUAGGAAUGCUUGGCACUAAGCGCUGGCUGGAAAUUGACGAGGAAUACUGGCUAAAGCACGCAUCAGUACCCAGCACCGAAACGGACGAACAAAAUCACGGAUCCUGUGUACUUUCUAAGUUGCUGGCAAAACCUACGGAGUGGCCAAGAAGUGUAAUUGCUGCCAUGAAAACUGCUGUUGAGAGCCUUCUCAAUGAUGACGUUGUGGUGGUGACAACGAGCGGUAACGAUAAGAUAGGCACGAGGAAGCAAGGGGCUAAAUUUCUUCAGCUUAACAACGCCGAAGUCAGCAAGUACCCCGCCCUCUUUGCGGAUACCCUUACGGGCUUGAUUGUCGUUGGUGCUGUGUACACUGAUGGGACUGCAACGGGAUUCUCACAAGGCGGUCCUCUUGUCACGGUUUGUGCUCCAGCCGCAGUCAAAGCGGGCACUCGAGUUACAGGCAUCACAUGCGCAGACUCUCUAACCACCGGAAAGGACUAUCGGGUCGGUACCUCUUUCGCUGCGCCACAAGUCGCUGGUCUCGCUGCGUACUUCAUGUCCACCGUUCCAUCUCUUCUGGUUCCUGGUCAAGUUGGCCAAAAUGUGAAGGAUUACAUUGUUAGCAAGGUAUAUUCGAGGAACCGUGGACCGCUAGCUGUCUUCAACGACUUUGAUUUCAGAACAGGAGCUGCCUGUGCGAUUGCCGCUCGUAAGGCAAGGAACAAACGAGAGGUAACAUCGUCUCUUGAUGCCUGCUUGCAGUCUUAUCCACCAACAGCUUCGACUUACCAGGCUGAAAAACCACAAACUCCCGCGAGUGCCACAAGCUCACGAGCUUGGUUAGGAUUAGUUAGUGUUGUACCAGAUGUAAUAUCCACAAUUACAAGAAGCGCCAUCACAGAUACGUCUUCGUUGACGCCGUCCGGUGCUUCCGACAUCAGUAACGAGGUUUUCACCAUCGGCACAUACACCCAGCCUCUCUGCAAAUCGUAA